UAAAAUAUAAAACAUAUGGACGGAGUGGAUCUACAACAACUACAUCAAGGUGGGCCCCAAAUGGUUAUCGUAACACCCACUAAGGUAUUACCCGGUAACCGCUCAUCCGCUCCCUGUAAUCAGUAGAAGGGAUGAGAUCCAGCGCUCUUGGAAGCAUACUACUUUCGUACCUCCACCUUUUACGUCAGGACACACAACAUAUCUAUAUAAUGAUCCAAACCGUUAAUUCAUAAAAACAAUCCUUAAAUAGACCACACAAUGAAAAAAAAAAAAUCUAAAUGAUCUGAUAAUCCGAAACCACGUAAAUAUGGCCCAAAAUGGUUAGAAUUGUCUGAUCAUUAUGAUUUUUGUUCUGUGGUCAGUAAACGAUUGUUCUUAUGAAUUAAUGAUCUGGAACAUCACACACAGCUCCACGUGUACGAAAUAUUUGGCUACCCUUCCUAUACAACCUACCAAGAAAUUCAAACAUAUUCAAACACAACUCACCAAUCAUCCUAACCAAUUACAAUAGAAUGAGGAAUGUAAUUUUAUCUAUCCAAUCAAGGGAGACGUAGAUUUUAUCUUCACAGAAUUCUCGUUAGAGAGUUAUUCGAUCUCCUAUCCAAAUCCGAAAAUUUUAAAUUUCAGUUUUUAAAUAUAGUAUCCAAACAGCUUUCAUUCCUCUCUCCUUCUAUAUAUAGUCUCUGUCUCACCUCAGUUCCACGUCCAAAACCAAUCAACCCAUUUCAGAUUUAAGUCUUCUAUGAUGGCUUUACGUUCGAGUUCUAUGGAGAGAGAUCGACGACAUCUGGGUUGGUUUUUUGUUGUCGUUGUCUUCGCUCUUUUGGAUUUGUCGGUUUCAUGUGGAGAAGAUGGUAUUUCAGCUUUGGGAGAUCCUGGAAUGAGAAGAGAUGGUUUGAGAGUAGCUCUGGAAGGUUGGAACUUCUGCAAUGAGGUGGGUGAAGAAGCUCCUGGCAUGGGAAGUCCGAGAGCGGCGGAUUGCUUCGAUGUCUCUCAGUCUUCUCAACAUAUUGGAGGUGAUUCAAACAAGUACACAUUAGUCCACAAGGUCACAGAGUUAGACAACAAGCUAUCCGUGGGCGAGCCGUAUCUCGGUGGCCCACCUAAAGACCUGCACAACGUCGACCUUUACGCCGUCGACAAGGAACUCUACUUGGGUUCCAAAUGCCAAGUGGACGACAGCCCAAAUCCAUGGCAGUUUUGGAUGAUCAUGCUCAAAAAUGGCAACUUGGACACAAAAGCAGCACUGUGCCCUGAAAAUGGGAAGAAGGUGGGACCCUUCAGCCAACGUCGGUUCCCUUGCUUUGGGAAAGGGUGCAUGAAUCAGCCCUUGGUGUACCACGACUACACCAGCUUACAAGGAGAUAAUGGGACUACUCUGAGAGGAAGGUUCUAUGGCACAUAUGAGUUGGAUGCUGAUCUUAAUAAAGGGUAUGAUGACAUCUCCUACUACUCUGUGACUUGGGAGAAGGAACUUGGGAAGGGCGGUUGGGUCUUCCAUCAUGUCAUGAAGACAUCCCCUAAGUACCCAUGGCUCAUGCUUUAUCUGAGGGCUGAUGCCACCAAAGGUCUUUCUGGUGGAUAUCGUUACCAAACUAGAGGGAUGAUGAAGACUGUAAAGUCACCAAAUUUCAAGGUAAGGCUUACACUCAAUGUGAAGAAGGGUGGCGGCCCGAAGAGCCAGUUCUAUCUGAUGGACAUGGGAAGCUGCUGGAAGAACAAUGGCCAGCCCUGUGAUGGCGAUGUCUUAACCGACGUGACCCGUUACAGCGAGAUGAUCAUCAAUCCUAGCGUGACCGCAUGGUGUAAGCCUGAUAACCUCAAUGUGUGCCCACCAUAUCACACUCUCCCGAACGGGACCCGCAUCCAUCGUACCGACAAAGCGAAUUACCCAUAUGGGGCGUACCACGUCUACUGCUCCCCUGGAAAUGCCAAGCACGCCGAGAAGCCAUUUAACUUCUGUGACCCAUAUAGCAACCCUCAGGCCCAGGAGAUAAUGCAGAUACUGCCCCACCCAGUUUGGGGUGAUUAUGGGUACCCCACCAAGCCUGGCCAGGGAUGGAUCGGCGAUCCCAGGACGUGGGAGCUGGAUGUUGGGAGGUUGUCACAGUCACUCUACUUCUAUCAGGAUCCAGGGACCCCACCAGCAAGGAGAAGGUGGUCAUCUUUGGACGUUGGGACAGAGGUGUAUGUGAGCCCUGAAGGUGAAGUUGCAGAGUGGACGCUUAGCGACUUCGAUGUCAUUGUUCCAAAGGCCAGUCAUUGAAAUUUCUCCCUUCCUAAUCUAACAUGCGCCUGGGAGAAAAGUUACCCACACACUUUUGAUUAGUGGCUUCGUCAAACAUGUGGUCAUUUCUUGCACACGUGUGUGACUUUAGUAUCUUUUCUUUACAUUUUUUUUUUUUUAAAUUUUUUUUUUUAUUGGAUGAUGCGUUGUGUAGAUCUCACGGAUAUGACCGAAUUUAUUAGUUUUAUUUCAAAUGUCAUGAUGAUGACAUGAACCUUCGGUGGGACCCACCAAACCAUUGAACCUUUUUUGUGCUUUCUUUGUUAACCGUCCAAUAUGGGAUGUUUCAAUUAAUAUGAAAUUUUGGAAGAUGAUGUGUACAAAUUCAAUAUGUACAGUUCAAGUGCCCACAUACAAUCAAUCAUAUCCAUUCCUGCCGUGCCAGAGUAUCAAAUACACACACGGUUGAAUAUGUGGCAUACAUUUAAC